CCUUCUCUCUUUGGUUUAACUAAAAGGCCAUUCAAUUGGAGUCCAACAAAGACUAGCAGAGCAUCAGCACCCGCCGACCGCCUUUUUAUGCAACAGAAUUCUUAGUGAAGUGGACGCCAAGAAACGAAGCUCCUCUCUCAUAUUAAUUUAUCAAACCUUCAUUUCUUUACAGUCCUAGGAACUCACGCCCGUCACCAACCCCUCUCUGUCCCAUACCAAAUCCCAGAGAAGGACGUCCAUACUUGUUCUGUUUUUGUGACAGAAACUGUGGCACCGAGACGGGGCGAUGUUCACGAAGGCGGCGGAGAUAGAUACGAGAGCCCCAUUCCGCUCCGUCAAAGACGCUGUUUCGUUGUUCGGUGAGAAAGUCUUGGCGCAAGAGCUCCAUGCAACCCAGCUCGAAGAGCAAGCCCUGUGGGGCUGCCAAAAUAUUUGGUUUCUUGUUGUGUUAGUUAUUCAAGACAAAUCAAAGGGAAAGGCUGCUUAUGAUGCGCAUAUACAUGCGCGCGCGCGCGCAGGUACAGAGGGGAGGGAUGAAAAUGGGAUGGAAGAGUCAUCGAGAGUGGGGAGAGUAGCAGUAGAGCUGGAGGAGACGAGGCAGAAUCUGGAGAGAGCGAGAGAGGAAAGCAUGUUAAUGGCGCAUUGCCUGUCAUCUCUGCAGGAAGAGCUUGAGCGCACAAAGCAAGAGCUGCAACAGCUGAGGCAACGGGAGAAUGAGGAGAAGCAUGCAGUGGAAUGCGAGAUUGAAGAUGUCAAGUUCGUUGAGAACUUGAGCAAGUCAGACCAGGAGAGGGUGGAGUUUCAGAAGAAAAGGUACGUCACCUUGCGAAUCCUCCCUCCGUGGCUCACGUCAUUCACCCACAGGGUGUUGAGAAGCUGGAGAGGCAUCCUUCCCUCAGGAAGAAGAAGAAGAACCCUUUGAUUCCUCUCAUUAGUAUCUUCUCCAGGAAAAAGGCUAACCCACGAGUCCCCUGAAGCCUCUUAUCUUACUCUUAUAUGCCAGCUACCAUACUUUCUUUUCUUCGUGUCCUUUUUGAAUCAUACUAGCUGGUAGCCAUUAACAUAUUCCACCUAAGUAAGAUGAGAGUGUAAACGGAGGCACAUUUAAGAGUCUCAUAUUCAUGAAGCACCAUUAUUACAGAUUAAAUUUCGUUGCCUUCUCAACUGUUUUUUGAUCGUACAUACAAUUAUACCUCUCUAUUCUGUAUCUCAAAUUUAGACUAAAACACACCCCAGAAACAGUUGAUGACAAACAUGAAUAAAACUCAUGGAUUGCAAUGGGUAUCCAG